AUGCCGCCAUCACUUCUCCUUGAUCGCGGCCAAGUAAUCACGUACGAAUCAGCUGCAAAAAAAGAGGCAAAUAUCAUCAACCAGCUGGCGUACGUCCCAGCUGUCAAUAGCCUCUAUGAGAGACUCUGGAAUGAGAGACAUGACAUUGCGGAGCUGACCCAACUCCAUCUAGGCCUUGACAAGAAGGUCAUCUGCAACGUCCUCCCUCAAGAGACAUGGAUUCGGGGCAGCUUCAAUAUCUGUGUUCUGGUUGAAGUGAAAGAAGGCCUCAUUUGCAGGCGGGUGGUUUUUCGAUGUCCGAUGCCGCACAAGCUCGCAGAGGCAAGAUACCCCGGUGCCGUUGACGAGAAACUUGGCUGUGAAGUGGGUGCAUAUGUGUGGAUUCAAAAGAACUGCUCGGACAUCCGCAUCCCUCAUCUGUAUGGGUUUGGCUUCUCAGAUAAUCGCCAUUUCACUCAUCAAAAGUAUCAGCCUUUCCAUGCUCAUCUUAUUCACUUAUUUCGAUCUUAUAUGCACCGUCUCCUUCGGCACCCCGAUACACUGUCACAAUAUGUCAUUAGCAAAACCAACUUGAAGCUUACAACAGCAUACAUAGUUCUCGAGUUUAUUGGGCCUGAAACGGGGAGGACGCUGUCAGAAACAUGGGAGGAACACCGGGGGAGCCAAGAACACAGAAAGAAGAUUUUCCAAGGCAUGGCUCGUGUGCUCGUGUCUCUCGCCCGCCUUCCCCAGCCUAGAAUUGGCUCGUUCAAAUUCCGGAAUGAUGGAACUAUCUCACUGACCAACCGGCCCCUUCUUUGUGAUAUGGUGAUAUUAGAGAACGACGGCGCGCCGCAGAUAAUGCGCAAGGAUGAGACAUAUACGUGCACCGAGGCAUUUACAUCAGACCUUCUUACUUUCCAUGAUGGUCAUUUUCGGAUCGACCCGAAUGCGGUAUACAAUGAUGCCGACUGCCGCGGUAAUAUGGGCAUUAAAAUACUACUACGAGCUAUUUCACAUCAUUUUAUCAGGAAAGAGAAUCGCAACGGUCCGUUCCUGCUGCAGUUUACGGAUUUCCAUGCAAGUAACGUCCUGGUUGACAAGGAAUGGAAUCUUACCUGUCUUCUUGAUUUGGAAUGGGCACCAUAUUGGCUUACCGGAUGUGCAUUGGAUGAGAUAGAUGGUGACCACAUUGAGGAAUAUGAUCAAGUGCGCCGAGAAUUCAUUAGCAUUGUUGAAGAGGAAGAGCGGAAAACAGCAACUAAACAUGACAUCUCAAUUGCGAGAAUAAUGCAGCAGAAGUGGGAAACAAAGGGUGUUUGGUUUUGGUACUGUCUCAGAUCGAUGACUGACUCGUUCUGGUUGGUCAAGGGCCAUACAUCACCAAAGUUUUCGACUCGUUGGUCUUCAAGCGUUGAACAGAUCUUUUCAUUAUUCUGGAGUGAGAACUCGGAGCAGGUUGUUGAGCAGAAAGUGGCCGAUCACAAAAAAUAUGAUGAAGAGCUCAAACUUGUCUUCAAGCAAGCGGCGGUAAACGGGUGA